AUGUUGUAUCAUUAUAUAUCACAUUGGGAAGUUACUGUAUCGCAGGCAAAUAGUACCAAAGAUCGAUUCAAAAGUGUGGAACUAACUCCCAUAAAAAGAAGAAUCCCUGAAUAUGCGACAUUUAUACGUAAGAAACAGCAACAACCUGUGAAAUUUGGAAAAUAUGUUAUAACUUCGAUGUAUAAUUGUACUUUAACGGAAGUUGUCACGGUUGACCCGUACAUAAAUCAAACUGAAACGAAGGAAUUUCUGAUUUUAUCGCGUAUUCCAAAUGAAUGGAUUUUUCCGUAUUGGGAACAUCCAGCAACCAAGGUUAAAUUUACCAUUCAAAUUAUACAUAACCACAGUGAUACACCUAUUUCGAACAUGCCACCUAAAUAUUGGAAUUCGGUAAUAAAUGCAUUCCAAACAACAUUUUUCACCACACCUCUAAUAUCCACACAGUUGGUUGCAUUUGUUGUCAUACCGAAUGUAUAUAACAUAUUUAUGAGAACAAGGAAUAACGUUACCAUUACAUGCAGCUUAAAAAUGAGAAAUGACACAUACUAUGCACGAACUGUUCUUAUUAAUAUGUUCAUAAGUCUCAGAAACAUGUGGGACAAUAUCAUACCACGGUCGCAUGUUUAUUACGUGCUUCUGCCUUUAACCUCUACUGUUUACGAAAGUAUGAUAACUCCUGGAUUUGUUUUUUUGAGUGAAGUUAACAGUAUAUACAACAGCGAAGUAGAUUCAAUUAUUAAAGAAAGAGAAGUAACAUGUUUCAUAGCACGAAAUGUGAUACAAGAAGUAUUCUGUGAUUGGGUAGCUGCAUUUAGACAAUCGGAUUCUUGGUUUAUCGAAGGAUUUUCAACAGUAUAUGGAGUUUAUAUUUGGGAUAAGGUUAUUGUUGUGCAUUUUUAUUGUAGUUGUGCAUAA